ACUCGGCGUUAAAUGUCUCAUGUACAAUACACGUCAGUCCUUUUUUCCAUCCAUAGGACUUAGAAAAGCUUGGACUUUUAUUCCUCCUCCAGUUAUAUAUUUCAGUUUUUGUUUUAUCUUUGAAGGAUGUAUAACUGCUUAAGCACAUUGGUGCUGGUAAGAUAUCAUGGCCUUUACUGUACAGUUGUUUCUGUUUAUUUCGUCAUUAUUUCUGCUACCAGUUUCUAUGCCUGCGCAAAGUAAUGGUAGCCAAGCAAUAGGUGCUUCUUUCUCUGUUGCAGUUAACUCUUCGUGGCUUAAUACAGCGACCUUCAUCAAAGUUAGUGAGACCAACUCAACUCUUCAGGUUCCUCCAAAGCCAAGUCCAGAUGAUAAGAAGAAGAACAAGACCACUUCAAUACUUUUGGGUACCUCUGUCUUUGUCAAUUUUAUUUUAAUUGCUGCAGUUUGUCUCGGAGUUCUCAUCUACCGGAAGAAACAUGCAAGGUUCACUGGAAAUGAGUUGGAAACAAAUUUGGUUUGUUUUAGUUACAAGGAGCUUGAAGAAGCUACAAAUGGAUUCAGUGAAGAAUUAGGGAGGGGUUCUUUUGGAGUUGUUUACAAAGGGAUAAUACAUAUUGGUUCUGGUCUCCAAGUAGCAGUGAAGAAGCUAAACAGUGUUAUACAAGAGGGUGAGCAGGAAUUCAAGACAGAGCUCAACGUAAUCGGUAAGACACAUCACAAGAAUCUUGUUCAACUGGUUGGAUAUUGUGACGAGGGAGAGCAACUACCACGGUUACUUGUAUAUGAACUACUGAGCAAUGGCACAUUAGCAAGCUUCCUUUUUGGUGAUACGAAACCCAGUUGGACUCAACGAAUUGAGAUUGCUUAUGGAGUUGCCAAUGGACUAAUGUACUUGCAUGAGGAGUGCAGAACACAGAUUAUACAUUGUGAUAUAAAGCCUCAGAACGUACUUCUCGAUGAACAUUACAAUGCUCGGAUCUCUGAUUUCGGAUUGGCAAAGCUUUUAAUACUAAAUCAGAGCCAUACGCUUACUGCCAUAAGAGGAACAAAAGGGUAUGUUGCACCUGAGUGGUUUCGGAAUAUGCCAAUCACUACCAAAGUCGAUGUGUAUAGCUUCGGCGUUGUGCUGCUAGAGAUCAUCUUCUGUAGGAGAAAUGUUGAUAUGGAAAACAAAUGUGAAGACAAAGCAAUUUUAGCCAAUUGGGUUUAUGAUUGCUAUCGAAAGGGUGUAUUAGGUGAGGCUCUAGAUCAAGAAGCUGAGGCCUUGUAUGAUACACGGAAGGCCUUGGAAAAUAUUGUGAUGAUUGCUAUGUGGUGCAUUCAAGAAGACCCGUCUCUUCGACCCACAAUGAGGAUGGUUGUGCAGAUGCUUGAAGGAGCAGUGGAAGUACAUGUUCCACCAUGUCCAUCCCCAUAUACUGGAGCAAGCCUUAAAUCACUUUAGUUGGUAAAAUAAGUAGUGUUGUUGUUGUUGUUUUUUUUUUUUUUUUGCUUUCAUGUGUCAUCAGUUUUAAUUUUAUUAAG